UUUUUGACAUUUGUCAUUCCACGACAACCGCAGAUUGAAAACAAAAGAAACGACUCAAAACAGCUAAGUAAAACUGUGAAAAUUCUUCAAAUUUUCGGUUUUGUACAUUUGGGAAAGUUAAGAUAGUGCGGUGGUGCCAUUCAACAAGCGACAAUGUCGUCAACGUCAGAAUAUUUUAGUUCAUCUCCACCGAAAAGAGCGACCACAUCUUCCGCAUUAAAGUUAAGACCAUCAGUGUUAAAUUCACCCGCACACGUUAUGACAUCUUCAAAUUUAACCCUACCGUGGAGUCCAUGCGAUAUGUCCUGGGCGAUGCAAUCCACAUCCACUGGUGUUAUGGAAUUCAGGGGACAAUCACAAAAUCCUCUGUUGUGUAAACGGAAAGCUGAAACAGAGCCACUAUAUGCAAAGCCAAAAAAGUUGAUAACCGAAGAGAAAAUGGCUGAACACCUACAGGGACUACACAUAUCGCCCGAUUUCACUUCACAUAGUACACCAACGUUAGAGGACUACAGCAGUGACUCCGUGUCAAUGGAAUCGGAUUCCAGUUCAUCAUCCACAGACUGUCCAUUUUCAUCGGCGCAAGAUCUUGAACAGAAAUUACGAAAUGCUCAGCGAAUAACGAUCUGCGAACAAAUUCGAAAGCUUCAAAAUGAACCAGUCAUACCACAAGCGAUACUAAGUCGAUUCGAACGACCGUGUACGGCAUUAGUACUGUGGCAGCCGCCUGCAAAAAUAACGGAACUAAUUGCGUUGCAGCGGGAACGGAAAGCUAUGAGUGAUGACGAGCAAGAUAAUAACAACAGCACCUCGCUCGACUACAAUAAUUCGAUGGACUUGGAUUUGUAGUGUCAGCCGAAUUAUGUUGCGAUAUGCUGCUCGAAUUUUCUAAUUACUUAGUUUUGUGAACGUGGACGACGUGGACUGAAAGGAUUUUAUAAUGAAUGAAAUACAAUUUAUAUUUUGGCGGUACCUAA